UCUUUGUUAUUGAGGUCCCACUCUCCCACUUGUUAGUCUUUGUGGUCUCUGCUUCUGCAUCUCUCAACUUUUUCUCAAAACUAAAACCCUCUACGAGAAACCCUUUUCACUUUUCCUAUGUGCUUUCUUCUUCCCUGAGGCCAAAGGAAGAUCUAUUUUUUUCACUAUCUGGGUAUUGAUUUAUUAUUCUUCAAGGGAGUAAAGCUCAUAUUUUUGAUAGUGCUAUCGUCUGUGCGUGCAUGCAUGCCAGUGUGUUUGAAUUCUGUUUCUUUGUGCUAUCUUCAAGAGGAGAUCGUUAUCUUUCAAUUCAAGCAUCUGGGUAUUCUUUCUUGAUUUUGGAAAAGCUGCAGUAGUAUUGCUUGAUAUGAUUGUGCUGGCCAUUGUAUUUGGUGGGUUGAUUUGGGGGUCCUUUGUGGGAGUGAAGCAGAAGUGGCUUUGUGGAUUUGGUUAAACUUUUUGAGAUUUCAUGCACGGUCCAAGACAAUGGAGAGGUUUAUCUCCAGAUUUUUGUUUCUUUAGCAUUGAAAACUUCAACAGCUAAGUGAAGCAACAUGAAGAACUUUUUUAAGAAGCUCCAUAUCACGUCUAAUCAAUCACAUGAUGCAGCAGAGGGGUCAAAUUCAUCAAAGGGCACUAAUAAGCCCAUUAAUCCAUCUUCCCCUGAUAGGAUUUUGCCCUCUAGGUCCCAUGAGCAUAACCCCUUCUCAGGUAUUUCCAGUUGGUUGAAUCCUGUUGCCAAUAGAAAAAGUCCUAGUCCACCAUCAUCUUCAAAUGUGACAGGAGGAGAGAGGACUGAACCAUCUGAUUCAAUUAGCAGUAAUAGUGGUUUGGAUUUUGUUUCUGAUGCAGCCAGGCGUGAGUCAGGGUCUACGACAUCGAGGGAUCCUGAAAUUGAGGAGGAAUAUCAUAUUCAGCUAGCUUUGGAGUUGAGUGCUAGAGAGGAUCCUGAGGCAGUUCAGAUUGAGGCUGUUAAGCAAAUAAGUCUGGGCACUUGUGCUCCUGAGAAUACUCCAGCUGAAGUUGUUGCUUAUAGAUACUGGAAUUACAAUGCUCUUAACUAUGAUGACAAGAUCAUGGAUGGUUUCUAUGACCUGUAUGGAAUUUUCAUGGAGUCCACAUCAGAAAGAAUGCCUUCACUAGUUGAUUUGCAAGGAACACCAGUUUCAGAUAAUGUCAGCUGGGAAGCAGUACUUGUGAAUAGGGUUGCUGAUGCUAACUUGUUGAAACUUGAACAGAAGGCACUUGAGAUGGCGGUCAAGUUAAGGUCUGAAUCUCCAAUUUCCACAGAUAGAGAUUUUGUGCAAAAGCUUGCUGUUUUAGUUUCUGAUUACAUGGGUGGAUCAGUUGGGGAUCCUGACAACAUCACUAGGGCAUGGCGGAGUCUUAGCUACAGUUUGAAAGCAACACUUGGGAGCAUGGUUUUGCCACUUGGUUCUCUUACAAUUGGAUUGGCUCGCCAUCGUGCAUUAAUGUUCAAGGUUUUGGUGGAUAGUGUGGGUGUACCUUGCCGGCUGGUAAAAGGUCAUCAAUACACUGGUUCUGAUGAUGUGGCCAUGAAUUUCGUAAAGAUUGAUGAUGGAAGGGAGUACAUUGUUGAUCUAAUGGCAGCUCCUGGCACUCUUAUUCCUUCUGAUGUAGCUGGAUCACAUAUAGUAUAUGAUGAGUCUUUCUUUUCUUCUAGUCAUUUGUCUCAAGCCAUUGACUCAUCUCAUAGAGCUUCUUCUAGUAGUGGAGUAGCUAGUUCAUUUGAAGAACAUUCAGAUGUUGGCACACUGGAGAAGAAAUCCAGAUUAAGGAAUGUCGCUGGUUCCAGAAAUCAAUCUGAUGAAAGGUGUGAAUUUCAUGAAUUUGCAAACAUGACCAGGACAAUCAAAGGUGAAGAAGAAUCAAAGAUGAUCUUGGAUGAUUUUAAGAAAUGUUCUAAUGUAGAGAAGGGGCCGGGGCGGGAGAGUCCUGUAAGGCCUAGUUAUCCUUUUACCCAUGGAAGAUCUCCUUCAUGGACUGAAGGUGUUAGCUCUCCUGCUGCUCAUAGAUUGAAAGUGAAAGAUGUUUCACAAUACAUGAUUGAUGCCGCCAAAGAAAAUCCACAAUUAGCUCAGAAACUUCAUGAUGUAUUACUAGAAAGUGGUGUUGUCGCUCCCCCUAGCUUGUUUACUGAAAUUUAUCAUGAGCAGUUAGACGGAUCAACUAAUGAAGCCAAGUCCCCUGCAGAGGAUAAGGAUGACUACAAACAGAUCAGUGAAGCCAGGCAUAUGAAAGAUCAAGAUGAUCUCGGUCCUGCUCAAUUUUUGCCCCCUCUGCCUCAUCAGAGACUGCAUUAUAAGGCAAGUCCUGUUUCUAACCAACCUGAGCAACUUAAACCUGUUGAAGAUUUAAGGUUAAACCAUCCUUUUGAGACAAUAGAUGUCACUAGACAACCUGUGUCAUUGCAGUCUGAAGCAACUUCAGCGAGUUGUGCAAAAAAUGUUCCUGUUGCUGCAGCAGCCGCUGCUGCAGCUGUUGUUGCAUCUUCUAUGGUUGUUGCUGUGGCAAAGUCAAGCACUGACUCAAACCUUCCUGUAGCUGCUGCUGCCGCUGCUGCUGCAACAACUGCAGCUGUCAGUAAGCAGUAUGAGCAGUGCACAAGAAGUGAUGGCGAUGCAAAAAGUUCUGGUUAUGAGUCACGAGGUAGCAAAGACCAUGGAAAUGGUGGCCAAGAACGUGGUACUCCAGGGGAAAAUUCAGAAGGCCAGAGAAUGUCUGAUAGAUCAGCUGGCAAUGAUAGCUUGAAAUCUGAUGCAGGACUAGAUGACAUCGCAGAGUGUGACAUUCCAUGGGAGGAAAUCACCUUGGGUGAACGCAUUGGACUUGGGUCAUAUGGAGAGGUAUAUCGUGGAGAUUGGCAUGGAACUGAAGUGGCUGUGAAGAGGUUCCUGGACCAAGGUAUUUCUGGUGAAUCACUUGAAGAAUUCAGAAGUGAGGUUCGAAUCAUGAAAAGACUCAGACAUCCCAAUGUGGUUCUUUUCAUGGGAGCGGUAACUCAUGCCCCAAAUCUUUCCAUAGUUACAGAAUUUCUUCCCAGAGGUAGUUUAUAUAGAUUAAUUCACAGGCCCAACAAUCAAUUAGACGAGCGGAGGCGUUUGAGGAUGGCUCUUGAUACUGCCCGAGGAAUGAAUUAUUUGCACAACUGCACUCCAAUGAUAGUACAUCGUGAUUUAAAAUCUCCAAAUCUUCUAGUUGAUAAAAAUUGGGUAGUGAAGGUAUCAGAUUUUGGGCUCUCACGAAUGAAGCACAACACAUUUCUCUCUUCAAGGUCAGCUGCAGGGACGGCUGAGUGGAUGGCCCCAGAAGUGCUAAGAAAUGAACCAUCAGAUGAAAAGUGUGACGUAUAUAGUUUUGGCGUUAUACUAUGGGAGCUCUGCACAUUGCAGCAACCAUGGGGUGGAAUGAACCCAAUGCAAGUUGUUGGUGCUGUUGGAUUUCAACAGCGACGUCUUGAGAUUCCAGAUGGGAUGGAUCCAGUCAUUGCAGAUGUUAUUAGGAAGUGCUGGCAAACGUGAUUGGACUUUGCUUCUUCUAGCGUGAAGGCUCCCACCCUUUGUUCUGUCAUCUUUUUCGAUGAAUUAUCUCCCACCUUUUCAAAACCUAAACACUAAUUUCUCCUUAAAUUCUGACACAUCAUGAAACCAGAAUGUAGCACAGGAUCUUCAAAUACUGCAUGGCUGCAAAACCCAAUUCAAAUUUUCUUUCCUCUGCAUGAAAGAAUGGAUAUAAUUAGCAAAAUGCGAGUUGCAUAGAGUAGUGGUUAUUACAUGCUAUAGCAAGUUGAUUAAGGUUGAUGUUUGGUCUGAUUUUAAAUUGCAGAGAUCCAAAAUUGAGGCCAACAUUUGCAGAGAUCAUGGCUGCUUUGAAGCCAUUACAGAAGCCUAUAACAGGUGCACAAGUGCCUAGACGAAGUUCAUCUACGAGAGGUGGACAUGAGAAAGGCCAAGUGUCGCGCGAAGAAGAAGAGCAGGCCGGAUAACGGAACAUGUUAGCGACCGAGUGGAACUACAGCUCAUUGGAUUGCCUGAAAAAAUGGAGGCAAGUUAUGGAUUCUGGAACAAUAAUGCAUAUUGAGCUUGCCAAAAUAAUGUUUGGGACAAGAAAUCAUGACCCAACAUAGACUACAGUUUGAGAUGAUUGUGAUUCUUUUUCAAUGUUUUUCCUUGUAUAGCCAUUCUUAAGGUGUAGUUGUUUGUAAAGAAAAUCCAUUUGAAAUUGUAGUAAUCAAUGUUUAAUGUUUAGAUAAAUUACUAUUACAUCUUGUAUCAAAAUUGACAUUUGUCUUUUAUUUGUAAAAUACGACAAUUUAGUUA